AUGUCGAACUUCGUCGAGGACAUGGUCACCACGCCCGAACCCGCUGCAGUGGAUGCCGCACUUCAGAAACCUCGUUUCGCCGACCCGUACAUGUUCGAGCCUACACAUGAUGCGUCAGGCCAGUCUGGCAACAUGUCCGAUACAGCCAGCAUGUCCAGCAGCGACAGCAGCGACUCUGGCGACUCGCAAUUCACAAUGGUCGCCCCACUGCCUUAUACGAAAGAAUUCGACCAGGGCGGGAAUGCGCAGGAAGACGAGCCGACUAAGCCAUCACCCUCUCCCGUUCAGCCGUCACCCGCCCCUUCCCUCACACAACCGCCGGUCAGCGCGUCCCAACUCUCAAGCAGAGAUCUACGCGCGUCCCGUCUCCCGCGCGCACUGCACGGGCUCUUCGGCAUCGACAGGCGCCUACCGCUAUCUGCAACACUGCCGCCACCAUCACCAUUCCUGUCCCCAAUUCCCGCGCCCAAGUCCGCUGCGCCUACACUGCGCGCCGAUGAUCUGCGGCAAAGUCGGCUUCCCGGGAAGCUCGACGGCGUGUUUGGGCUACUCCGAAAGAAGGAGACGUUGCAGGAGGAGGAUGACGGAGUGAAGGGCGUGCAUUGGAAGGAGACGCCGGAGAUGCACAUCAUCGAGAUGGGAUCGGAAACGUCUACGCUUGCAUCUGAACCAUCCUCCCCGAACACACGCCGACAAAGUAUCUUCAUGCCUGGCGUGCAGAGCGCGUUCAGCCUCAGCCCAUCGACUCCGGAGAGGAAGGAGAAGGAUGAGGACUUGGUGACGUGGGGUGCGGAGGAUAUGGAGAAUCCCCAUACCUGGACAACGGUGGAGAAGUGGAAGAUGACGCUGGUUGUGGGCUUCAUGACGCUCAACGCAACGUUCGCUUCAUCCGCGCCUAGUGCGGCGGUGCCCAUCAUUGCCGCCGACUUCGGCGUCUCAAUGACGGCCGCGGAGCUCACAACCAGCAUAUUCCUCGUCGGCUACAUCUUCGGCCCUGCGUUCUGGGGACCCGGCUCUGAGGUCCUGGGUCGGCGCGGCGUCUUGAUCCUGACGAUGUUCCUGUUCUGUGUGGCGACUAUUGGCCAGCCGCUGGCGCCCAACUUCGGCGUCUUUGUCGGCACCCGUCUCCUGGCCGGUUUCUUCGCCGUAGCUCCACUUGUGAACGGAGGCGGUGUUGUGGCCGACAUAUGGGAUCCUGCUACGCGCGGACUGGCUACAACCGUUUUCAGCACCAUGAUUUUCUUCGGGCCUGUGCUAGGCGCUGUCAUUGGUGGACUGAUCAUUCCUAGCUACCUGGGCUACCGCUGGGUGUUUUGGGUCAUCGCGAUCUUUGCCGGCUGCUCGACGCUCCUCGCCAUCUUUGUGUUACCCGAGACGCACGCGCCGACACUUCAAGUGCAGAAGGCGCGCCGUCUGCGCAACCUCCUCCCAGCACAGUUCGGCAGCAAGUACGCGGCCACAGAACAUGAGCACCUCACACCGCGUGCUCUCCUGGAGCGAACCCUCCUUCGUCCAUUCACCAUGCUCGUCCGCGAGCCCAUCCUCCUGCUUGUGACGCUCUACGUCAGCCUGAUCUACGGCUGCUUGUACGCGCUUUUUGAGGCCUUCCCGAUCAUCUUCACCAUCACCCGCGACUUCACUGUCACCCAGACCGGGCUUAUCUUCCUCUUCGUUGGAUUCGGCGCUCUGCUCGCGACCAUCGUCGACUUCUGGCAGCUGCGCGGACAAGACAAGCUGCUGGCUGAGUGGAAGGGCAACCCGCCGCCCGAGCGGAGGCUUCUCGGCGCAAUGAUCGCCGGACCCUGCUUUGUCGUCGCUAUCUUUUGGCUGGGAUGGUCGGGCCAGUUCGCUUCGGUGCCGUUCUGGGUUCCCGGGCUGAGCACGGUGCUCAUCGGCUUCGCGGUGUCGCUGGUCUUCAACUCGUUCAUGGGAUAUCUCGUCGAUACGUAUCUCCAACACACAGCGUCGGCCUUCGCGGCGCUCACCAUCAUCCGUUCUCUCGUGGGCGCAGCGUUCCCGCUCUUCACGACGGAGUUCUUUCUGGCUAUCGGGAUCGGCCCUGCUUGCAGCGUGAUUGGUGCAGUCGGCAUCUUACUGGCGCCUCUUCCCUUCGUCUUCUACCGGUAUGGCUCGCGUGUACGUGCGCGUAGUCCAUUUGCGCCUGGUCUAGACCUCAAGCUUCAAGCUAUGCGCGCGGCGCAAAAAGAUAUGGCUGGAUCUGCGUAG